AAAGACUUUUUAAAUAUUUUAUUUAAAGAAUAAUUUAUUCAAAAAGUAAAAUAUUAUAAUUCCCAAUACAUUGACUUUACGAAAUAUCAUGAAAAUUUCAUAAAAACUUACUAUUUAAAGUGCUUAAGAAAUGGCACGGGACACUGUUCCUUAAGUUAAUUAGAAAUAUAACAAGUGAUUUUAAGCUUAAUUACUCUACUAGCACUUUCCAUGAGAGUGUGUGUGAAGAGUUAAGAAGAAAAAGAAAGUGGUCUCCAACCAACACCAACCCAUCUCUGUCUCUCUCUCUCUCCAUAGUCCUUUCCUUUAUAUUUAUAAAAUCCCCUCACACACCCUUGAAACUUCAGGGCUCAACCUCAAAUCAGCUCUCACAAACACAGAAACCCACACAUUUUAGAGGUAACCCCUUUUUAGAACCUUUGAUCAUAAACAAAACAAAACAAAAACAACACAAUUUGUUCUAUCCAACACAACCAACACUGACAUCAACGCCAAUUUCUUAAUCCCCAAAUCUCAAACCAAUCAAUCAUAAUCCAUAAUCCAUAAUCCAUUUUGUGUUACAGCUUUUUUCACUUUCUCAAAAUGGCUUCUCCACCAGACACAAGCAAAACCAUUAAACUUGAACGUUACAACAGUUACAUAAGAAAAGUUAACAGCACAAAACUCCUUAACGCUUCUUCAAAACUUCUCUUCCGCGCCACACUCUUAAUCGCUCUCGUUCUCGUUUUCUUCUUCACUUUCAAUUAUCCACCACUCUCCGACACCACCAGCCACCACUUCCACACCCAUUCCCACUUCCUCACCUCCGCAUUCGGCGGAGGUGGAGCAUGGGAACGACAAGUCCGUCACUCCGCGACUCCCCGCCGUCCUAACGGUUUCACUGUCCUUGUCACCGGCGCAGCCGGUUUCGUCGGUUCUCACUGUUCCCUCGCUCUUAAAAAACGCGGCGACGGCGUUUUAGGUCUUGAUAAUUUCAACAACUACUACGAUCCGUCGUUGAAGCGUGCACGACAAGAUCUACUAUCUCAGCAUCAAAUCUUCAUCGUCGAAGGUGACUUAAACGACGGACCGUUGUUAUCGAAACUCUUCGACGUAGUUCCGAUAACUCACAUCCUUCAUCUCGCAGCACAAGCCGGAGUUCGUUACGCAAUGCAAAAUCCACAAUCAUACAUCAAAUCAAACAUUGCAGGUUUCGUGAAUCUUCUAGAAGUUUCCAAAACCGCGAAUCCUCAACCGUCGAUUGUUUGGGCUUCAUCAAGCUCAGUUUACGGUCUAAACACAGAGAAUCCAUUCUCAGAACUUCACCGAACAGAUCAACCGGCGAGUCUCUACGCCGCAACUAAAAAAGCCGGCGAAGAAAUCGCACAUACUUACAAUCACAUCUACGGUCUCUCCCUCACCGGACUCCGAUUCUUCACCGUCUACGGUCCUUGGGGAAGACCAGACAUGGCGUAUUUCUUCUUCACAAAAGAUAUACUCCACGGAAAAACGAUCGAUGUUUAUCAAACACAAGACGGAAAAGAAGUGGCGCGUGAUUUCACAUACAUCGAUGAUAUAGUGAAAGGAUGCGUCGGAGCUUUGGACACGGCGGAGAAAAGUACAGGAAGUGGCGGAAAGAAAAAAGGACCGGCGCAAUUGAGAAUUUACAAUCUCGGAAACACGUCGCCGGUGCCGGUGGGGAAACUUGUAACGAUUCUGGAAAAUCUGUUAACAACGAAAGCGAAGAAACACGUCAUCAAGAUGCCGCGAAACGGUGACGUACCGUAUACGCAUGCGAAUGUUACAUUGGCUUAUAGAGAUUUCGGGUAUAAACCAGUAACGGAUCUUUCAACGGGUUUGAGAAAAUUCGUGAAAUGGUAUGUUCGGUAUUAUGGAAUUCAGCCAAGGUUAAAAAAGGAAAAUCGUAUUGAUAAUGAACAACCCGAUGAUUCCGCUUGAUUGAUGUUAUGUUAUUAUUCUACUUCACAUCACAUGCCUCUCAUUUUCAGAUUAAAAAAAAAAUGGAAAAAAAAGAAGGUUCUCUCAUUUUUCUUGUUUUUUUUUUGCUUUUGUGGAGUUAUUAAUUUUUGUUGAAAAAUUGUUAAUUAUUAAUUAUUGUGUCGGUGAAAUGUAAUGUAAGAAAAAAAUAUAGAUAUAUAUGAAGAUGGUAUAGAAAGAAGAAGGAUAUAAAGGAGGAGAUCUGUGAGUUGGAGGAAGAAAGGGAGGUGGUGUAAUAAUUAUGGGUGGGGUCUCCUACAAAGGUUGUGGAUCUCAUUCUUUUUUUUUAUUCAUGAUAUGAUGAUAUAUAAAUUUUCAAGAAA